AUGGUUCGUAUUACGGAGUGCGACGCGGGUGACCCAGCAGCAUCUGACCGCGUGAUUGAUCAGUAUGGCCGAUGGGUAUCGGACGGUGACGAGGACGACGAUGACGAGGAGGAGGAGGAGAUGGAGGAGGAGGCGAGGCGAAUCGCGAGGCGAGAGUACAUGGAAGCCGCGGCUGCAGGGGCAGCGAGAGCGGCGGCAGGGGCAGCGAGAGCGGCGGCGGCGGGAGCGGAGGGGGAGGAUGAUGAUGAUGAAGAUAAGGAUGAGGAGGACGAGGAGGAUGAGGAGGGCUGGAGUGAUAUAGGAGGGGACGAGGAUCGGAUGAGCGGAAGGGGCGGCGGCGCAAGAGGGGGGAGCGGCGGAGGGGAGAUGAAUCUGCGCGCGACGAUGGGUGCGGCGGAAGAGGCGCAAGAUAUGGCGCGAUGGGUGGGCACGGACGAUACACUCGAUAUGGAGGAGGAGGAAGACGAUUACGACCGUUUCGCCGAGGGCGUGGGGCUCGGGAGAUUAGGCGGCGGCGGCGGAGGAGGAGGGGGAUCGUUGGUAGAUGCUGACCUGGAGCGCGAGGUUUCUGACGAGGAACCGGAUGAGGAUGACGUGGCGGCGGCCGGUGGUGGGGUUUUGAGAGGGAUUGGGCCACCCGGGAAAGGAGCAGUGGCUGGAACAGGGGCACGGGCAGAAGCAGAUGCAGGAGCAGGAGGAGCAGGGGUUUUAUCUGAGGGAGUAGCAAAGAAGGACGGCAAGGGCGGAGCAGCAGGUGGAGAAGACGAUGAGCUGGGCCCGGGACCCACACCAGGAAUCUCACCAGAACAGGCAGCGCAGGGAGCAGCAGGUGAAGCAGGAGCAGCAGGGGCAGCAGCAGGGGCGGCAGGGGCAGCAGCAGGGGCAGCAGCAGGAGCGGCAGGGGCCGCAGCAGGGGCAGCAGCAGGGGCAGGGGGAUGGCGUGGAAGGCAAAGCUGGAACGAGGCGUUUGAUGAGCUCUUUAAGGCUGGCACCACGGCAGGUGCUGGUGCUGCUGCUGGUGCUGGUGGUGGUGGUGGUGGUGCGAGUAAGGAGAGUGGCAGCGCUGGGACUGGUGCUGCUGUUGGUGUUGUGAGUGAUUUCCGCCUGGGGGAGGGGGGGUGGGGUUCAGGGCUUUGGAGCAGGGGGGCGGGGAGGAAGGCGGGGCAGGCGGGGCUGGCGGAGAGUGUUGAGGGAGAAGGGGAAGGGGAGAGAGGUGGUGAAGGGAGGGGAGAGGAGAGGGGGGGAAAUGGUGGUGGAGGGGAGGGUAUGGGGAAGGAGGAGAAGGACGGGAUGGGAUGCUGGGAGAAGGAUUUGGAAGAUAUUGGGGAGAUGGAUGACGAUGGGGAGAAGAGUGGUGGGGAGGAGGGGGCACGUGGAGGAGUGGUUGAGAGGGAUGUUGAUAUGCGCGAGGAGGAGGUGGGUGCAGGUGUUGCCACUGCUGCUGCUCCUGCUGCCCCUGUUCCUGCUGCCCCUGUUCCUGCUGCCCCUGUUCCUGCUGCCCCUGUUCCUGCUGCCCCUGUUCCUGCUGCCCCUCUUCCUGCUGCCCCUGUUCCUGCUGCCCCUGUUCCUGCUGCUCCUGCUUCUGUUUCUGCUGCUGCCACUGGUCCUGCUUCUGAGGGGGAAAGUGGCCUAGCUUCUAAGAUGGUGAUUGCUAGUGCCGAUACUGCAAUCGCGGAUACUGGUGGAAAGGAAGCAGGUGGUAUAGAGCAGGCGGGACGAUCGGACGAAGGGGAGAAGAGCGAGGGGAGGAGGCCUGAAGGAGAGCUGAGUCUAGCCGGGGCUGUAGAGGUUACUGUGACAGGAGAAGGAGAAGGGGAAGGUGAAGGGGAAAGGGAAGGGGAAAGGGAAGGGGAAGGGGUGGGAGUUGGUGCAGGAAAGCAAGGUAAAAGAGAAGGCCAAUAUGCCAGGAAGGAGUGGGGUGAUGCAGACAUGCCGGGGCAUGGCGUGGGCGUGGUUCCUGUAGAGAUGAUUGGGGUGGAUGGGAGCGAGCAAGAGGAGCUAGGGAUGGGAGUGGAGGCAGGAGAGAAAGGAGAGGGCGUGGAAGUGGAAGUAAGGGAGAAGCGUGAGGAAGGGAAGGAGAAGGGGAGUUCUCUUGCUGCUGCUGCUUCUGCUGCCGGUGGUGCGAAUGCUACUGCGCUUGUUGCUGCUGCUGCUGCUGCUGCUGCUGCUGCUGCUGCUGCUGCUGCUGCUGUUACAGCUGCGGAGUGUGCGUCUGAGUCCAAAUCUCCCCUCAGUACCAGCAGGAGCGGCACAGCAUUGAAGGGAAUAUUGAAGCUGGGGAAGCGGUCAAGGGUGGACACAGAUAGUAAAGAGGAUAGGGCAAGGCAAGGAGGGGACGUUGGAACCACAGCAGCAAUAGCGGCAGCAGCAGCAGGAGGAGGAGCAGCAGGUGUAGGAGAAUUGAAGGGCGACGGUAGCACGAGGGAAAGUGGCUUGGAUGGGCCGGGGGAGGGGCGGAGGCAGAGGCAGCGCAGGGUGAGGUUCGCCCAAGGAGUGGUGGGCGGGGAGGAAGAAGAGGAGGGGGUAAUAAAGCCUAUGGGGGGCUUAUUUCGCAUGGGAUGGCAGGGGCAGGGGCGGGGGGGAGUGAGUGGUGGCAUGGGUCCCUGGCAUGGAGGGAAGGGAGUGAAGGACGAUGGAGGUGCGUGGGGAGGAGGAGGGGGAUGGGGAGGUGGGGGGGCGUGGGCGGGGGGGAAGAGACGGCAGAAGAUGGGAGUAGGGCAGAGGCUAAUGGGGUUGAUAUGUGGGCAGAUGAGCCGGGCUAAUGUCAGUGGUACGCAAGGCAAGGGGAUAGCUGCUGCCGGUGGGGAUGGUACAGGAACAGGAGGGAGUGGAAGGAUUGAUGGUUCAAAUUUUACAGAUGCUGCAGUUGCUUCAAAUGCCACCGCUCCUUCAGUUGCGUCAAAUGCUACAGAUGCCGUGGGGGGAGUUGAUGAAAGUAGCAAGGGCGCAGUGGGCGUGCAGGAAGGUGCUUUAGUGGACGAGGGUGCAAGAGGGAAGCAGCAGGCGGAAACAGACAAGGGGCUAGGCGGGACUGGCGGUGGCGAUGCACGGAGGGAGGCGGGUAAGAUGCUGCGUGGGAGUGGUGGAGAGGGGUUGGAAGCGAUGACUGAUGGUAUGUGUGAGGCAGGGAGCAGCAGUGCGGGUGGAGAAGCAGAGCAGGGGAUGAGUGAGGGGAGCAGUGGUUGGGGAGGGAGGGGGAGUGGAGGAGGGGGGAGAGGAAGAAAGGGGAGUGAUGGCCGUGUGCCAGAUCACGUGCGCAAUCCACACAAAUACACGGCUUAUGAGGUGGACUGGUGGGCUGGGGGGUGGGGAGAAGGGGGCCCCGCAGGUGAGCGCGGGGGAGGGGCCAGUGCUGGGGGAGAAGGGGACAUUAGUGGGGAUGGGGGGAUUGGGGAGAAUGGGGAGAUGGGGGAGAUGGGGGAGUAUAGAGCAGCGCUGCAGCAGGCUAUGGCUGUGAGGCACGUGCGAACAGGCAGGCUGGGGGACUCUGAUGCAGGGAGCGGGGCAUAUGUGAGUGGGGAGAGUGACGCGGGUGGAAAGGCAGCAGCAGGAGCAGGAGAAGGAACAGGAGCAGGAGUUGGAGCAGGGGCAGGAGUGGGAUUGGGAGCGGUGGAAGAAGGUGGGUUGCCGAAGCGAGUUGUGUUUGUGAGGCGCACGGAGAGACAGGCCAGUGCAGGCAGGAAGGAAGGGCACGACAAGAACGACGACAUGCAAGUGGAUGGCGCUGCUGCUGCUGCCGCUGCUCCUGUUGCUGCUGCUUCUACUGCUGUUGCUCUUGCUGCUCCUGCUGCUGCUGGCAGUGGCGAUAGUACUGGUGCUGGUGGGGUUAGGGGAGCAGGCCCUGUUGGCAUAGCAGCAUCUGGCAUGCUGGACGAUGCUGAUGCCUCUUCCAUGCUUGAUGCGGAUGUUUCUCCUGCUGCUGCUGUGGCCGCUCCUGCUCCUGCUCCUCCUCCUCCUCCUGCUGCUGCUGCUGCUGCUGCUGCUGCUGCUUCUGGAAACCUAUCCAUCGCUGUUUCUGCUACUGCGGGUAGUACGGACACCCCUGGUGCUGCUGAUGCUUUCCAGGAUGUGUCUGCUAGUCUUGCAGCCUCGGGGGAUAAAGAGGGGCAUGGGGCACGACCAGCUAAGGGAUGCCGACUCGCCUCGUUUUCUGACUGCACGACAAGCGAUGGCAAGUCGGGAGCUCUUCCAUCUAGCAACACCACCACCAGCAGCACCACCAGCUACAGCAGCAGUGACGUCAGCUUCAACUCGACCGCGUUCCGGUCAGCGAGGGAGCCUAUUCGGAGCGUCGCCGCGUGGACUUCCCCCGGCCUUCCCCCGAACCCUCUGGGCAUCACCUCUGCUCGCUCCGCCAUAUCUCAUCGUGAAUACGUCCGCGAUGGUCUCAAGUCCUGUCGCUGCCCCUGCUGCUGCCGCGACGACGACGCGGACGACGACUUGUCCUCUGCGCCUUCGUCGUCGCCCGGCGACGCCCAUGCGACGGACCAUGCGACGGUUUCCUCGGGGCCGAUAGAGACCGGCCACCAUAGCAGCGGCAUUAGCGGGCGGCACGGCCGAGGCUCUCGGUUCAAUCGCUCGUGGUCGCGCUUUGGCGCGGCGGCAUCCCCAAGCAGUGGCGAAAGCGGCGGCAGGAGUGCAUCACUAGAGCCGCCGCAAGUCGACGCCAAAAACCACCAGCAACAGCAGCAGGAGCAGGAGCAGCAAUUAAGAGCCGAGGCGGGUUUCCCUUUAUGCCAGCAGCAGGACUCGCAAUCUUCAGUCUGCCGCCCAAUCCCGCACCAGCCGUUCUUCCGACCGCCAACGCCCAUCCCCUCGUUAGAAGCACCCCGCAGUCCCGCCCCCUCCACGCGACCCGCGGAAGCGGUGGCGGGCUCGCGGGCGCUGAGGGCAGAUGCGGGAAACGCGGAAGGUGAUGCGGUUGAUGUUUAUGGGGUGUUGGGAAGGUGCGAAGCGGAGGAAAGAGGAAGCCCGGCGGUAAGGCCGCAAGGGGCGUGCUCUGAAGGGGAUCCUGAGGGGAGUGGUGCGAGCAUAAGUGCGGUGAGGAGCGCAUUGGCGGAAGCGGUGGGCGGAGGAGAAACGGCAGCAGCGACGGGGAGCUGUUUGGAAGGACUCUUACCGGCAGUACCGGCAGCGGCGUCGGCGGAGGAAGAUAAAGAACGGAAAUCGAAUCGCGCGGAGGCGCAGAGUGCGGGAGAGGAUGUCGACGAGAGAGGCGACGCUGGCGGCGAUGCCGACGACGCGUCGCUAUUGGAUGGCGACUUGCUGGUGGAUAUUCUGUCGCCGCCAGACGACGGCCAUGGGCGCAUCCCCGCCGCGCUCCACUGCACGCAACACUCCUCCGCCAAGUGGUUCCAUCCCCCGCUCGCCUUCCCCGUUCCCCCGCUUUCCAUCCCUCCCCCUGCCGUCCCUCUCUCCCCAUCUCCCGCCGGCCCCGCUCCCCUUCGGUCUACGCUCUACGCGUCCGCGCGCCCCGCCGCACCCUCGCGCGUCACCCCGCCCGUCUCACCCCUUGCGAGUUCCGCCAGUCUCCGCCAGUUUUCCCCCAGCCUCCCCGCUCUUGAACUCUCCGACCCUGCUUGCACGCCGUCAACGCCGCACCCUCCCUUCUCCCUCUCUCGCAUUCCUUUCAGUGCCCCUGCACUCUCCCCCGCGCAGGCUUCCUCCCCCUCUUCCCCCUCUUCGUCCCCCUCCCCGUCGUCCUCCUCCCCCUCCUCCCUCUCCCCUGUCUCCCCGCAAACUCCCUCUUCCCCUUACCCCUCAACCUCCGCCCAAUCUUUUCCGCCGGGAAAAACACGCUGGUUUUCCCGCGCGGGUUCCCUCCUUGCGCCUCCCCCUGCGCCCCUCGGCGCGCUUUUCUCCGCCUUGGCGAAGCAUCUCUCUCUGCGCGUGGCGCUCUGGCGCCGCCAACGGCUGCUGAAGGCGGAAGCAAUCGGGGGCGCGGAAGGAAUCGGCAGAGGGGGAAGCGUGCGCGUGGACGCGCGGACGGUGCGCGCCAUCGUGCGCGCGCAGGAAGAGCUCCGCGCAGAGGUGCGCGCAUGGUGUGUGGCGGAGACCUCGGGCGGAAAGGCGGAGGGUCGCGGACUCGGUUUCGGGGACGAAAGCGGGAGAGGGUGUGGUAUCUGGGGAGGGGGGGAGUUGCAACGGGGCGAGGAAGGGGCGGAGCGGGAGGAGGAGGGGGAGGGGGAGGCGGUACCAGGCGAGGGGGAAAGAGACGGCGGCUCGCGGGUGUGGUUUGAGUGGAACGGAUGGCAGUACUAUUUAAAGCCAUGGCAGGCGAUAGUGGGCGAUGCGGACUUUCCGGGUCAAUAUGCGCGCAUUGUGAGUUGCCUCGAGCGCCUCUCCGCGACCAUCAGCGCCCCUGAGGCGCAACGCGCGGAGCUGCGCGCACCGCAGCCGCAGCAGCCGCCGCAGCAGCCGCAGCGGGAGCAGCAGCGGGAGCUGGCGCAGAAGGCGAGGGCGGAGGCGGAAGAGAGGGAGCAGAUCCGCAAGCUAGGCGUGCGCGGGCGGUACCUGCGCCAGCUGCGCGAGGGGCGGCGGGGGGAGCCGCCGCUGCAGUGGCUGGACGACGCGGCUGCCGCGUACGUGCUGGACGGCGGGGAGUGGCAGCACGUGGGGUCUCCGCGCUUCUGCGCGUGGAUCGCGCAUGUGUGCCGCUUCCCCCACUGGCACAUGCCCUGUGUGGCGCGCCGAGCUACCAGGUCCGUCCCCGAGUGUCCAUCACGCCUCUCCACUGCCUGCUCUCUGGUAGCGGACAUAUUCGGGGGACCCGCAUGUGUAGCAGCGAACCUAGAAGACUAUUUUCGCCUGUACGGGGCCGACACUGCAGCCUCCCUAGCCUCCGCCCUGCCUCCACGGCACCAGUAUGCUGGUAGAAGCAUGGCUGCUUCUUCUUCUCGUGUGGAUGGGCGGAGGGGAGGACUUGGUGCUGCUAAUCGGGAAGGGAGUGGUGGCCAUGGUGGAGUGGAGGAGUGGAGGCAGGAGUUUGGCGACAUGCGGGGGUUUUGUGAGUGGUUGGAUGCGGCCAAGGCCCUGGACCAGCUUCAGUGCUUGGUUGAUGUGCUGAGCGAGAGGCAGGAGGAGCGGAAGCAGCAAGAGCAGCCAGAGGGAUCAGCCACCACCACUAACAGCAGCAGCAGCAGCAGCAGCAGCUGCUUUCCUGCUGGAGGUGCGUGGAGGGUGGUCGAAGGUGCCAUUGUGGUGGUGUGUCACAUGAAGCCUUCUCGCGUUGCUCUCCUCGCCCGGGCCCUCCACUCAUCUCCCCGCCAGCUGCAGCAGCAGCAGCAAGAGGAAGAGCAGCAGCUGCAUCAGCAUGAGCAAGAGCAGGUGAUGCACGAGGGUAUGCGUGUAGCAGAGAGGCUGCUGCAUCGCUUCCUGGCCUUCCACCUUCCACCCAAGUUCCAGUCCAGCUGCUGA